GUAAUUCCAAGCAGUAGAAUCCCAGACUAUUCACAAGCUUCAUGCAAGUGGACAGCAUCCCCUCACCCUUAUAUACACGUCUGAAGACGUCGCUCAUAACACAUAAAAGCGAGCUUACGUGCAAGCUCCAUCAACCAGAACACCGUAUUUAAACAAAACAGGAAGACUGUAAACUAGAAAACAAUCGUCAGAUCAGGAAUAUGGCGAGGAAGAGAAAGGCAGGUGAGGGUGAAGAAGAGAGGGUAAGCAAUGAUGGGAACGUGGGAUGGGACCAAAUGAUGGAGGAGGCUGAAUCACUCCAUGGAGUUCGGAGAGCUCGAAAACGAUACCUUGGGGUGAGGCAGCGGCCGUCAGGCCGAUGGGUGGCAGAGAUAAAAGACACAAUUCAGAAGAUUAGAGUGUGGUUGGGGACUUAUGAUACUGCUGAGGAAGCCGCAAGAGCUUAUGACGAGGCAGCUUGCUUGCUCCGUGGAGCUAAUACUCGGACAAAUUUCUGGCCUUGCUCCCCGUCUUCUCAUUCAAAGCCAGCUCUUCCCCCAAAGAUUGUCAACCUCCUGUUACUCAGGAUUAAAGCUAGACACAAUUCACUGACACAGACCACUACUUUCCCCGUUAACCAACAGGAGCAAGAAGCCAGAGAACAGGAAAACCAGUUCGACCCUUUCUUCGAAAUGCCUGGAGAUAUCAGCAUUGUUGAAAAUAGUGAUACUGCUAAUAGCACUGCUGAUACUAUGACUAUCAGCGAUCACACGAGUGGUUUCUUUGAAUCACGUUAUAUUACAGAAGAUCAUGGGAGCACAAGCACAUUUGAAGUGGAUGAUAGUUGGAGUAAUGUUGAUGGCAGUGGUCAAGGUGGACAGGAAGAAGGGAGAGGAGAAGAAGAGAUUGAUAUGGGGCUGAUUGAUUUUCAAUUUGAUGAUGCAUUAGGAUCAUCUUUCUACCAUUCUCCAUUUGAUAUAGCACAGGAGAUGAUGGAGCCAAUGGAGCAGGAACAUCAUGGGGAUGAGCCACCAAUGAUUAGAGAGAUCAUGAAGCGGUGGAAGCACGAACGGAAGUUCUCAGCUUCUCUUUAUGCCUACAAUGGGGUAUCCGAAUGUUUAAGGCUGGCAUUCAGACCAGGAAUGCCAGCGGUGGCAAAUGGUGGGUAUGAGUUGCCAUCUAACCUUGGGAUCAAUAGUAAUAACAACGAGGAGGAAAAGAAAAGAGAUGACAUGGGAAAGGAUGCCAAAGAGGAGGUGCAAGAAGAAGUCGAGAUUCCACAAACACCAACAGAAAAGGGGUCCUCAUCUUCUUCCUCUUCUUUGAGCAAGGAAGAUGGUGAAUUGUCUCUCUGGAGCUCGCUCGAUCUUCCUCCUAUCUGCUUCAAUAAUAUUUAGGCGAUAUUGGUCAUAGUAUAAGCUAAUUGUGUUACUCCUAUUUUUGUAGCAACUUAGGCAGAAUUCUUAAUAUUUCAUUUAGCAUCAAAAUAAGUGACAAUUGUAGGUCAGCAUUGCUGCAUUUUGGUUCAUGCUACAUUGCAGAGAACAAUAAUCAAACAAAUUCCAAUUAAGUGUCAAGUUUGGAUUAUUGAAUUGUGUUCCCAAUGUACAAGAAUCUAAAGCAGAGCAAACAGCACUGCUAGAAGGAGGUUGCUUGCCUCGCCUCCAUAAAUAAGCUAUGUGGUUAAUCACUUGUGUAAUUAUGCUUUACUUUCAUUUUGGUACUCUAAUUAAUUACAAAAAAAAUUAGGAUUCAAAUCCAGCGUUGGUCCUCUCUUUCCACUAUCCUUGAGCACACCUAGUGCUUCUGCAAUACCCAUAAACCUGAUUUUUUAACCAAUCGAGAGGUUAACUAACCAUCACUAAUUAGGAAGAUAAAGAACCUUAUUAACUUUAGUUAAUGUGAUGAUCCAAGACUUCUCCUAGCCUUUGUGCAGAAUGUCCAAAGUUAAGUUCCCUUCCAUUUACCUAAAUC